AUGGCCAAGUCAAAGAACUCGUCCCAGCACAACCAGAGCCGCAAGGCUCACCGUAACGGUAUCAAGAAGCCCAAGACUUCCAGAUACCCUUCCCUCAACGGAACCGACCCCAAGUUCCGACGAAACCACAGACAUGCUCUCCACGGCACCAUGAAGGCUCUGAAGGAGCUCAAGGAGGGCAAGCGCGAGACCGCAUGA